CCUUCGUCCUGUGUACGCAUCGAGAACUAUCCUGCUCGAUCCCAGAUAUUGCUCUCAAUCAGUGACGCGGACUCGGACACUCCGUAUCAUAACCUGGAUAAAUGUCGAACCCCGUUUCUACUUGGCUAGCUGGUCAGAAUGCCAUAGAAGCCACCCCGUUCUGCUGCCGAACAGCGCUCAGCAUCGCACAGUUGCAAGCUCCCGAUCUCGAGGUACCGCGGGAGCUUGAAGCUGAAGCUCAAACGAAUAUAUAUAAAGGGGUCUUCCAUCCGCCCUGUAUCUCGUCAAACCCCCACAAGCCUCCUACACCUCCAUUCUUUCAACCCCCCAGCCUAACCCUAAUCCACCGUGACAAUGCGCUCCUUCGCCGCCCUCGCCCUCGCCGUGACCCUCGCCGCCACUCUCGCGGCCGCCGUGCCCCUGCCUCAGCCUCGGGUGGUCCCCGUCAGCGGGCAGCUCACUGGCAGCCCCAGCGGGUUCAACCUCGGCGCGCGCCAGAUUCAGCCCCCGGUUCAGCCCCUAAAGUCGACCCCCGCCGCACCCGUGGCCAACAUCGUUAAUGGUAUCCUCGGCGGUACCGGGGUUAGUCUCCCAGGACUCCGGCGAUCGAGCGAUUCCGACGACGCGGAACCCAUCUCGGAGCGCAGCCUUCUGGCUGGCAUUUUCAGCGGCAGCGCCAACGUCCAUCCAUCCCGGCGAGCGGAUCAGUCCGACGUGGACUCGGAUUCGGAAGGCAUCUCUGAGCGCGGGCUCCUGGGUGGUCUUUUCGGGGGCAGCGCUGGUCUUGUCGGGGGCAACGCUCAUGUCCAAGGACUCAGACUCCGACGAUCGAGCGAUUCCAACGACGCGGGAUCCAUCGAGGAGCGCGGGCUUUUGGAUGGUAUCCUCGGCGGUGUUCACGUCGGAGGAGUUCGACGGGCGCCAGGCCUCCUCGACGAGCUCGCCCGUGGCGGCGUCAGUGGCAGCACUUAGACCUUCAAGUUGAAUGCGAAUUGGCCCUAUCACCAAUACAUAGUAUACCCCGCCUCGACAGUCCUUGAAGUAGUCUCUUCUCUUAUCGCCGUACAUACGUUUCCUUUCCAUCCGAGUCCUCGCUGCAUCCAAGCUCCGCCAAUGGUCCGUCUAUAUACCUCUCUUCCUGCACGUAAUACCUGCGCCACAUAAUACAGCAGACGAUUCUGCAUAUAUGCCCCAUGCCAUACGUUUACUCGCCAUGUCCUAUGAUCCAUGUAUGUAAACUUUUC